UAAUGUGGAUACAAGUGCAUACUUUUGUAAAUUAUAAAUAGUGCAUGUGUAUAAAAGAUGCUGCAGCAGUCGAGGGAUCAUUCAAGUCAACGACAAGAAAACAAUCAACAUGAACUGUCUGCCAUUCCUGUUCGCGCUGGUAGCUCUCAGCCAAGCCGCACCUGAACCAUUACUCGGUUUACUUGGCUUGGAUCUUGAUAUUCCAAUUCUAAAUACACGUCUUAGCAUAGGCGGUAGUAAAAGAGCACAAGGCAAUGCCAACGCUGUCGGAAAUGUAGCUGGUGCAGUACAACAGCAAGCCAAUGCCGCUGGCAACGCUGCCGGAAAUGCAGCUGGUGCAGUACAAGAGAAAGCCAAUGCCGUUGGCAACGCUGCCGGAAAUGCAGCUGGUGCAGUACAACAGCAAGCCAAUGCCGCUGGCAACGCUGCUCGGAAAUGCAGCUGGUGCAGUACGACAGCAAGCCAAUGCCGCUGGCAACGCUGCCGGAAAUGCAGCUGGUGCAGUACAACAGCAAGCCAAUGCCGCCAUGCCCCAAGGUGCUCAGGUUGACGCUCAAGCCAAUGUGCCUGCUGCUGCCGGUGCUAAUGCCGGAGGCACCGUCGGUAACGUCAGCCAGUAAAGCAUAGACGUUUCUUUAUAACCUUUGAAUUUCAAAGCACGGUUCAUGUUUUUUGAUUUAUGUCAAAUUUGAUUAAAUUUCUUCAAAAUAUAAUUCAGUUGCAUCCA